AUGUUGCCGAGCCAGGCCGGGGCCGGGAACGGCACCGCCGCCGCGCUGGCCUGCGGCUCGGGGCUGGGCCGGUCGCCGGUGCCGCGUGGGGCGAACGGCAGCGGGGCGGUGGCGGGGGCGCCCGGGGGCCGCCUGAAGCGGGAGGCGCUGUACAGCGGCAGCGAGGGCGACUCGGAGUCGGCCGAGGAGGAGGAGCUGGGCGGCGAGCGGCGCGGCGUGAAGCGUGGCCUGGCCGAGGCGGCGGCAGCGGCGGCGGGGCCCGCGGCGGGAGCGGCGGCCGCGGCCGCCUACAGCGGCGGCGGGGGCGGCGGGGCCGUGAGCGGCGCCAAGCCCGGGAAGAAAACGCGGGGCCGGGUGAAGAUCAAGAUGGAGUUCAUCGACAACAAGCUGCGGCGCUACACCACUUUCAGCAAGAGGAAGACCGGCAUCAUGAAGAAGGCCUAUGAGCUCUCCACGCUGACUGGCACUCAAGUCCUGCUGUUGGUGGCCAGCGAGACGGGCCAUGUGUACACGUUUGCCACACGGAAGCUGCAGCCCAUGAUCACCAGCGAGACUGGGAAGGCGUUGAUCCAAACAUGCCUCAAUUCCCCAGACUCGCCCCCACGCUCGGAUCCCACCACUGACCAGCGUAUGAGUGCCACUGGUUUUGAGGAGACAGACCUCACCUACCAGGUGUCUGAGUCGGACAGCAGCGGGGAGACCAAGGACGCCCUGAAACCUGCGUUCACUGUCACCAACCUGCCGGGAACAACCUCCAUCCAGACAGCCCCAACCACCUCGACCUCUAUGCAGGUCAGCAGUGGCCCGUCAUUCCCCAUCACUAAUUACCUGGCGCCAGUGUCUGCCAGCAUCAGCCCCAAUGCCGUCACCAGUGCCAACGGGACAGUGCUGAAAACUACUGGAGCCAGUGCAGUGACGUCUGGGGGCCUCAUGCCGAUACCCACUGGCUUCACGCUCAUGUCAGGUGGUACCAUGGCUCAGCAGGUUCCAGUCCAGGCAAUCCAGGUGCACCAGGCACCGCAGCAAACGUCUCCCUCUAGUGACAGCAGCACUGACCUUACCCAGACCUCUUCCAGCGGAACAGUGACCCUCCCAGCGACCAUCAUGACGUCAUCCGUGCCAACCACCGUGGGCGGCCACAUGAUGUAUCCCAGCCCACAUGCGGUGAUGUACGCGCCCACCUCUGGCCUGGCUGACGGCGGGCUCGCGGUGCUCAACGCUUUCCCACAGGCGCCCUCAGCAAUGCAGGUGUCCCACAGCCAGGUCCAGGAUCAGGGUGGUGUCCCCCAAGUCUUCCUGACAGCCCCAUCAGGCACGGUUCAGAUCCCAGUCUCAGCUGUUCAGCUUCACCAGAUGGCUGUCAUUGGGCAGCAGAGCAGCAGUGGCAGCAGCCUGACUGAGCUGCAGGUGGUCAACUUGGACACCUCACACAGCGUCAAGAGUGACUGAGAGGCCUCUGCUGCUGGCCUUCUGUUUCUGGCUUGUCCUGCCAGUGUCGGGGCUGGCAGCAACUCCUCGUACAGACUGCACCAGUUAUUUAUUGUUGCCUUUUCACGUUUCCUUCAUCCACACAUGCACACACACACAUGCACUCACCCACCCCCACACACACAGGCAUGCGUGUGGGGCUGCAGGACCCACCCGGGGUGGAGCCGUGCUGGGGCCAUGCAGGGCUUGGGGCAUUUGGAUGCUGCAAUAGCUGUGCUUGUCUCACGCCAGCCAAAGAAAUUUGUCUCUUGAGGGGAGGAUUGCUCUGCACUGUAAAUAAAUACUGCAGGCCAUUCCCAGCUGGAGGCUCUGGCUCCUUCUGGAUGCUCUGAGUCACCUUGCCCAUGAGUAUUUACUCUGUGUGGGGCCCAGCUUAGACCCAGAGCCAUUGUGCAAGUGCAGCUUGGAGCAGAAUGGGUUGUGGCUGUGCUGCUGGCCUCAGCAAUGUGCCUUUGUGAGGGUGACAUGUCCUGGCCGCAGCAACUCACCCUGGGCUCCAGACAGGAAAGAGGGGCCAGCUUGCAUGUGCGUCUCUGGGCCUGCAUGCCCUCUCUCCUGAGGGCAGGGCACAGCCGGUGGCACAUCACCCUGUCCUCCUUGUAUGCACUACAGUGAGCCCUCUGCCCUCAGUGCCUCCUUGCUGGGCUGCCUGGCAGAUUUUCAGCCUGACUGGCCCUGCCCCAGCAGCUGCCCUUGCACAGAUCAGGUGGUCGAGAGAUGCCCAGGAACACAAAGAUGCCCUAGAGAGCUCCUCAGGGGCCCUGUGCUCUGCCCAGCCCCACACUCUCAGCCCUCGCACUGCUUCUGGACUCCAUACACCCAGGGGAACAUGGCUGGGUCUUUCCUACAUCCCCUUGCAGCUCCAGCCAGCGCUUUCUAAAUUUCUGUGUCUGAUGCAAGGUGGAGAAACAACUCAAAUGUCAAAGGGAAGAGCCCAUGGGGCACAGAGCUGUUGGGCAGGUGGCAGGCUCUUCAUCUGAGCACCAGGGUGACCGGCAGGUCAUCCUGGGCUGUGGGGGAGCAGCUGUGAUGCCUGUACAGGCUCAGCAAGGCUGGGGGAGAAGGGCUGGAGUGUGCUUGGUCCUGCAUGGGAGUUGCUGUGAAUGGCUCUGCUACCUAGCCCUGUCCCUGGAGGGAGAGUGAGCAAGUGAGAGAAGCUGCUGAAUCCUUAGGGGAAGAAGCAGUAACUUUUUUUUUUUUUUAAGUUAAAGACAAAAGAAGCCUUGGAGAAAAAGAAAAAAAAAAAGAAAAAAAAGAAAAUUACUUUAUUUUUCUAAGUGUUAAACUCAGUAUUUAUGUAAUUCUUUAAGGAAUAAAAGUUUGGCUCCUG